GUAAAUGCUGAAUAUUUACUUGAAAGCGAAUCUUUGUGUAUUGCCAUGAAAGAUGGGGACGUUUUAUUAUAUCAUUGCAAUAGCCAGCAAAUUGAAUGUGUCGGGUCUGUUGAAUCUGGUAUAAAUUGCAUGGCAUGGUCACCAGAUCAGGAAUUAGUGCUUCUCUCGACAGCUGAAAGUAAGAUUAUUAUGAUGACUAAAGAUUUUGAUGUUAUUACUGAAAUUUCAUCUCAAACGGAAGAUUUUGGUGAAAAUAAACCAAUAAAUGUCGGAUGGGGUAAAAAAGAAACUCAAUUUCAUGGCUCUGCCGGCAAACCUAAAGUUGGUGACGGUAUGGAAAAGGCUCCUGUACCUGUAGCAGAUUGGGAUGAUGGCCUAUCUAAGUUAAGCUGGCGAGGUGAUGGACAGUAUUUUGUUUGCAAUGUUGUAAAUCAAACAACAGGUGCCCGGCAGCUGAGAUUUUGGAGUCGUGAGGGUAUUUUACAAUCUACUAGUGAGAAUAGUGACGGUCUAGAGGGACCACUACAUUGGAGGCCAUCUGGUAAUCUAAUUGCUACUGCACAACGUAAACCACAAUACUACAACGUGCUAUUCUUUGAAAGAAAUGGUUUACGCAGAAGUGAAUUUACGCUACCUUUUAGUGAUUCUGAAACUAGGGUUAUCGACUUAGUUUGGAAUCUCGAUUCAAAACUGUUAGCUGUUCGGCUAGAAACAACUACUUUUCAUAACGAUAUGUAUUUAUCAUUUUCAGUGCAAUUAUGGUUUUGCAAUAAUUCUCAUUGGUACUGCAAACAGGAAAUAUCAUUUACAACUGCCGAUCGUAUAGCGUGUAUACAAUGGGAUACUGAUGUAUCUUACCGUCUGCAUAUUGCAACUUUUGGGGGAAAGUAUUUGCAGUACAAUUGGUAUUGGGAUGUUGAUUAUAGCCAAGCACAUGUAGCUGGCAACCUUUCAUCUGUCGCUGUAAUUGAUGGAGAUCGUUUACUGGUAACUCCAUUCUCUAUAAUGGUUAUGCCUCCGCCGAUGUCGGCAUACUACAUAAAAGCAGAGAGCUCUAUUAAUCAAGUUUGUUUUGGUCCAUCUGGCAUUAGUAAUGACUUUGCUAUUGUGUUAGCUAACAUGAACAUUGCAAUUUAUACCUACUGUGAUGGCCCUGAUACUUUAACAAAUGAAAAAUCGAUUAAAUUGAGUGGUACAGGUGGUGUAGGAUUUAAAACUUCAUUAAAAUUACCUAGACUUCAAGGAACCUUUAAAUUAUUUCUUAAAGACAGUAAACCAAUCAAUAAUUUAUAUCAGUUGCAACAUUUAUCAUGGCUUACUUCUAAUAAGUUUCUUGCCAUCAUGUGGGAUGACUGUAACAUGAAGAAUUAUUUACUUUAUCUUCAUUUAAUAGAAGACGAAGAGAAGAGAAUUAUUGUUAGGGAUACGUUAGAACUGCCCAAGAUGGUGCUACGAUUAGUUACCAAUCAUGAUACUCUGUCUACAAUUAUACAAUAUGUAGAUGGCAGCGUCUGGCGAUAUUGUCACGACGAUCAUAUGAAGUUGAUUCCUUGGCUAUUGCCGAAUGGAAUGUCUCUUCAGCUACCACAACCAUGCCAAUACAUUGCUACAGCUGUAAUGAAUGAUUCGGAGGUUGUGAUCGGUAGCAAUGAAAGAUUUAGAAUAUAUAUUAAUGAUAAAGAGAUUGCUAACAACUGCACAUCUUUUUGUGUGCAUGAUUCGUUUCUAAUAUUUUCGACUCAUUCGCAUACAUGCCGAUUUGUAAGUUUGUUAUCAGAUUGGGAAAAUAUUAGGUCAUAUCCAACUAAUGAGUCAGCGCCAUUUGAUGAGAAUGUUCGUCGUAUGGAAAGGGGAUCUAAAAUUGUUUUGGCUGUUUCUGAUAGUACAAAACUUGUAUUUCAGAUGCCUCGGGGUAAUUUAGAAGCCAUCCAUCCGCGCGCAUUGCUGUUGCAUUCCGUCCGACGAUUACUGGAUAAGCUAAACUUUGGAGAGGCGUUCUUAUUAAUGCGCAAACAUAGAAUCAAUUCAAAUCUUCUAUAUGAUCACAAUCCGAAGGGUUUUAUGGAAAACAUCGAUAUCUUCAUUAGGCAAAUAGACGAUGUCAACUUCAUUAAUCUCUUUCUAUCGGAUUUAAGAGAAGAAGAUGUCACAAUUACCAUGUACACAGCUGAACAAUCAAGGCCAUCUUCAAGCAUUCCGCUUACUGGAAGUAAAAUCGAUAAAAUUUGCGACGCCGUUCGUGAAUCGCUUACUUUAAUAAAUUUUAAUAAAUAUAUCCUCUCAGUCAUCACGUCGUAUGUGAAAAAAACCACAGCAGAAUUAGAUAAAGCCUUACAACUUAUAAAAUCGUUAGCAGAUAAAACAGCAGUCUCAGAAGGAGGUGUUAGCUACCUGGAAGCAUUGAAGUACUUACUAGUUUUAGUUGAUGUUAACGAACUGUACAAUGUUGCUUUAGGAAUGUAUGACUUCGAUAUCGUCUUAAUGGUAGCCGAAAGAUCGCAGAAGGAUCCUAAAGAGUAUCUGCCAUUUCUGAAUUCCCUUAAAAAGAUGGAAUCUAAUUACUCAAAAUACAGUAUUGAUAAAUUCUUAAAAAAAUAUGAUAGAGCUAUUGUUCAUCUCAGUCGAUGUGGUAGCGAGUACUUCGAUGAACUGUUGCAAUUGAUUGAGAAGCAGAAAUUAUAUCGGCAAGCCCUUUCUUUAUAUCCGGUUGAUUCAGAUCGAUUCAAAUCAAUUUGUAAGAAAUACGGCUUAUACCUAAAGAAUAUAGAUAAUCAUUUGGAAGCUGCACUUAUGUUUGCGAAGGGUAAUGAAUAUGAAUUAGCCAGGAUAUCAUUUAUAAAGUGUCGUAAUUGGCAGCAAGCGUUCUGUAUGGCAUCAAAGCUACGAUUUAGCAUAGCUGAAACAUCAAAAAUGGCGAAUAAAAUUGCUAGUAAGAUUUUCUUGCUAGUGCGACUUGUGCGAUGCACGAAAUCAUCCCUGGCAGCUGCUACAGUACUCUUAGACUAUGCUAACGAAACCGAACAAGCGAUCGUAACAUUGAUUAAUGGUUGCUUAUGGAAUGAAGCAUUGAGAUUAAUGCAUCGUCACGAUAGGACUGAUAUGAUAGAGAGUCAUUUUUUGAGUGCUUUAAUAGAUAGCUAUCAGGCACAAAGCGCAUAUUUGAAAAAUAGCAUUACUCAGUUCAGGAGACAUAAUGAUAGAUUGAUAAAAGUAAGAGAAGAAAAGAGGGAAAAAAUGCAAGAGGUUGCAGAUGGCGGCGAUGAUGGGGAUUUGUAUUCAGAGACUACAAGUAUUACUGGUCGAUCUACAAGAUCAAGUAUUUAUAGUAGGACUACAGGCCGUACUUCGAAAAGUCGAAGAAAAGUUGAAAGAAAGAGAUAUAGCUUACGUGAAGGAAGUCCGUACGAAGAUAUUGCUUUAAUGGAGGCUCUAAGUCAAAUGAUUAGGACGUUGUCUACAACUAAAGACGAUAUUCGUUCCCUGAUGGAAAUAUUAAUCAUUUUCAAUCACGAUUCGGAGGCAGCUGUGCUGCAAGAUAUUCUUGAAGAAUAUAUGACCACUGUUAAAACUUCACUCAAAAAUAUAUGGCCGUCUGAUGGAGUUUAUCACCAUGUAAGAUUAAUGUUACUCUACUAUGUAAUCAUCAAAUAA